GCGGCGCAAAACCUGAUUCCAUCAUCACCAUCACACUGGACCUGCAAAGAUCAGCCGUGACAGAGCGUCGCAAGCCGCGUCGGCCAUUGACUGCACAUCAGCGCGGGCGUCAAGACUUGAGAUCCGCUAGAAAUGGCAGGGAUUCUGGCGUGGUUCUGGAACGAGAGGUUCUGGCUCCCGCACAACGUAACCUGGGCUGACUUGAAAAAUACAGAAAUAGAAAUACUUCAUAUCAUUUUUACCUUCGGAAAAGCAGCCAGUCAGCUGCAGAAAGACAAAAUGCUUACAGCUGGCCUGUGCGGUGUUAACGGCCCGUCUCUGAAGAUUUUGCAAGACGUCCGCAGUGAUUGCAAACAGGAGGACUUCUUUAGCCGCCCGCUGCAGUUUAUCGCAAGGCCAUGUGCACUAGGUCUGAAAAUCCAGGCCAACGGGCCGCAGAAAGCUCAGCCCAACGCCAUUCUGGAGAAGGUCUUCACUGCUAUCACCAAGCACCCCGAUGAGAAGAGGUUAGAGGGUCUGUCCAAGCAGCUGGACUGGGACGUGAGGACCAUCCAGCGCUGGUUCAGACAACGACGCAACCAGGAGAAACCAAGCACACUGGCGCGCUUCUGCGAAAGCAUGUGGAGGUUCACGUUUUACCUGUACAUAUUUACUUACGGUGUGCGCUUCCUGAAGAAGAGCCCGUGGCUGUGGAACACCCGAGAGUGCUGGUACAACUACCCCUAUCAGCCGUUAACCGUGGAUUUGCAUUACUACUACAUACUGGAGCUGUCCUUCUAUCUGUCGCUGCUCUUCUCGCAAUUCACAGAUAUCAGAAGAAAGGACUUUCUUCUGAUGUUCCUGCAUCAUGUGGCCACCAUCUGUCUGAUCACCUUCUCAUAUGUGAAUAACAUGGCUCGGGUGGGAACGCUGGUCAUGUGCCUGCAUGAUGCUGCCGACGUCCUGCUGGAGGCUGCUAAAAUGGCCAACUACGGCAAAUGCCAGAGACUCUGCAACGUCCUGUUCGUAAUGUUUGCCCUGGUGUUCAUCAGUUCCAGGCUGGGAGUGUAUCCUGUAUGGAUUUUAAACAGCACUGUGUUUGAGAGCUGGGAGAUUGUUGGGCCGUACCCGUCGUGGUGGGUGUUUAACGUGCUGCUCGUCCUGCUGCAGGCCCUGCACACCUUCUGGUCGUACCUCAUAGUGCGCAUCGCCUGCAGGGCAAUCUCCAGAGGAAAGGCGGGAAAAUGGAAUCCUUUACAUGUGUCAAAGGAUGACCGCAGUGACAUUGAGUCCAGCUCUGAUGAAGACGAGGUUCUUCCUCCCUCUCAGAAACAUCAGACUAAUGGGACCAACGGCACCAACGGCUACCUGUCCUCGUCCCCGUGCCCAGACGAACACUAACCGUUUCACCGGGCCCCAGCUGCAUCACUCUCCGUUGUGUCAAAUCCUGUAUGAACAUUACCGGUCCCGUACUGGAACUUCUCAAUAAUGUGAAUGCGGUUCUGUUUCGGUUGCUCGCUUUUCACCAUUUCCCCCCCCAGAUGUUUUGUGUUCCAUUCGUUGGCUUUUGUUUUUGUGGUUGUUUAUCCUGCGACAUUCGUUAUCGAAGCACCUUUUAGAUUCAAUGCGACUCGCUCUUUUCUUUCGAGCAGGUGAAUGAAAGCGCCGUUCUUUCUUUCAUAAUCACGUGAGCAUGCUGCUGCGGUCAUGUAUUCUGGCAUCAUGGGAACAGUAGGUUUCUUGGAUUAGUGUUUUUUUUCUAUUGAUUUAUUUUUUGUAAC